AUGCCCAGCGCUCCGCAGGCGCCCGCGCGGCGCCCCAAAGAGGCCCCCGAGCAAGGACCCCGCGCUGGCCGCGCCAUGGCGGCCGCCGGCGGGGACGCGGCGCAGGAUGGAUUACAUCCAAGGAAUCUUAUCCCAGAGCUUUGUAGACUGUUUUAUGGUUUAGGCUGGGUAACAGGAACUGGUGGAGGAAUCAGCUUGAAACAUGGGGAUGAAAUCUACAUUGCUCCUUCAGGAGUCCAAAAGGAAAGAAUACAGCCAGAAGAUAUGUUUGUUUGUGACAUGAAUGAAAAGGACAUCAGUGGUCCUCCACUGCACAAGAAACUAAAGAAAAGCCAGUGCACACCUCUUUUUAUGAAUGCCUACACUAUGAGAGGGGCAGGCGCAGUGAUCCAUACACAUUCCAAGGCUGCUGUUAUGGCUACCCUCCUUUACCCAGGGAGUGAGUUCUCUAUUACCCAUCAGGAGAUGAUAAAAGGAAUCCAGAAGUGUACUUCAGGAGGCUAUUACAGAUAUGAUGAUACACUAGUGGUUCCUAUAAUUGAGAAUACACCAGAAGAGAAGGAUCUCAAGGAGAGAAUGGCACGUGCAAUGGAAAAAUACCCAGACUCUUGUGCUGUGCUGGUCAGACGUCACGGUGUUUAUGUAUGGGGAGAGACGUGGGAAAAAGCCAAAACUAUGUGUGAAUGUUAUGACUACUUGUUUGAUAUCGCAGUGCAGAUGAAGCAGCACGGGCUAGAUCCUUCAAAACAUCCAGCAGGAGAAAAUGGGAUCUUGUAAAUGUCAACAACAUUUAUAGUCAGGUUUCUUACAUGAUGAUGGGAGUUCCAGCUUUCACCCCACAUUACUGAAGCCAGAAGGGGGUGCUGAUCCUCAGCUGAUUGACAAUUGAGAGCAGCAACUUUUAACUGUUAAAUGCACCUAAGAAUUAAAGGACAGUUAAAAAAAAAAAAAACAACUACUGAACAAUCAUUGCAAUUUCCAAGUCCUGUCGAAUGCCACAGUAGAAGGAAUGAAAAUUCAGAUGCAAAAAUACUUUGAAAAACUUUGGAGAACUAAUGUCACAUUUUGGUUUUGUGCCUUAAAAAUUCGUAUUUCAACAACUUGCACUUGUUGAUCCUGCCCUAAUGCUACAUCAUUUAACUUGAAAUAAGUCUUCAUUUCUGAAAGUUAUUGUAGCUUUUAUUCUUCCAGAAAAAAGUGAGGACAGCCCCUUAAUUAUAAGUUAGUAAAGUUUAAAGCAUUGUUUGAACUGUU